AUGGAUCUCAAGGUGGUCUGUGCCCUCUCCAUCACCCUCAUCAUAGCCCUCAGCACCCUGGCAGAGGGAAGUGCACCUCCAACAAGAUGCCAGUGUAAAGUGGUUCCCAGGGAGAGGACAAACUGUGGCUACCCAGGGAUCUCAGCAGCAGAGUGCAAGAAAAUUGGGUGCUGCUUCAACGCCUCAGUCCCCAGCGUGCCCUGGUGCUACAACCCCAAACCAAAGAAAGUGAAGAAAGUGUGUCCCAACGACCCCUACACCAGGAUAAACUGUGGCUACCCUGGCAUCAAGCCCAGGGAGUGCAUAAGGAAGGGCUGCUGCUUCAGGGCACACCCCGCCGGUGUCCCCUGGUGCUUCUACCACCGCGUCGUGGAGGAAGGCUAG